UUCAACUUGCGUUUGUUUAUCAUUUAAUUAAUCUAUGUAGAUCUAAUUACAAAUCUUGAUUUUUGUUUUUGAUGUGUAUUAAUCAAUGGAUAUAUAUAUAGAUGUGGUUAUCGUUUCUGGAUUCAAAAUCUGUAAUGGGGUUUCAUCAAUUCAUGCCCAUGCCCUUUGUCACAUUGUUGCUUUGUUUUUGCCUUGAUUGUUGCAUAAUGAGCUAAAAAUCUCAUAUUCUUGCGAAAGGGUGUGCGACUGUCUCUGAAUUUUGUGUUUUACAGUUGAAACUAUGAUUUUUGAUUACCUGGAUUUGGAAGCAAUCACCUAGCUAAUAUGUUUUGUUAUAUUGAAUUGGAUUGCCUCUUACUCGUUUUUGUAACUAGUUUGAUUGGGAGAUUGGUUCAUUGGAUUUCUCCCCAACAUUAUGUUCAUGUUUUUAAGUUUUGAGGGUGUAGAAUAUUUGGAAUGGGGUGAAUCUGUUUUGUUGGGUCUGCUAUAGAAUCAUACUUAAUCGCUAACUUUUGUUGUGGUGGCACCUAUCACUGUUAAACACUUUUUUUCUGUAAAGGAUGGAAAUACUAUCCUUCCGCUCACUGCGUGGAAAUUUUCGGUGGAAGAUGGAUGGCUGGGUCUAGUUAGAUCUGGUAUGGAGUGUUUUGACAUUUGGAAGAGAUCAUGGUGCAGUGCCUAGACGGAUUAAAGCAUCUGUGUGCUACUUUGAUAAAUUGUUGUGAUGCCGAUUCGUCAAAGCAACUAAGUGGUUUACAAAAUCCAGAAGUUCUUGCAAGAGAGACAGUGUUUAGUGUAAGUGAGAUUGAAGCAUUGUAUGAAUUGUUCAAGAAGAUCAGCAGUGCAGUGAUUGACGAUGGACUAAUUAAUAAGGAAGAAUUUCAGUUGGCAUUAUUCAAGACAAACAAGAAAGAGAGCUUAUUUGCAGAUAGGGUGUUUGACUUGUUUGAUACAAAGCACAAUGGGAUACUUGAUUUUGAAGAGUUUGCGCGUGCUCUCUCUGUUUUUCACCCCAAUGCACCAAUUGAUGAUAAGAUUGAGUUUUCAUUCCAAUUAUAUGAUCUCAAACAACAAGGUUUUAUUGAAAGACAGGAGGUAAAACAAAUGGUAGUUGCCACCCUAGCUGAAUCUGGCAUGAACCUUUCGGAUGAUGUCAUCGAAUGUAUAAUCGACAAGACAUUUGAGGAAGCUGAUACUAAACACGAUGGUAAGAUUGACAAGGAAGAAUGGCGAAAUCUUGUCUUGCGGCAUCCAUCCCUUCUAAAAAAUAUGACUCUUCAAUAUCUCAAAGAUAUCACCACUACAUUUCCCAGUUUUGUUUUUCACUCACAAGUUGAUGAUACUUGAGGCAACUACAUCAUCCAUGUUAAUUUCAGCGUUCUUGACUUGGAAUAAUCUUCAAUAUGGUUUGUGAGUUAUGGGGCUCUGUGUGAACGAUUCACCGAGGGAGAGUGGAUAUGGACUUUGUUUAUAUUUUCAUUAUGAGUAGAACUUCGUGUUUCCGUUUUUGGAUGGAUGAGAUUUGUAAAUUGAACAAAUGAAUGUGAUUAUUUAUUUAAUUCAUUUGAGAAUAAAAGGAUAAAAAUAAUAGAAUAUUCAUGUGUUUCAGCAUUA